AUGCGUAGACGCCCUGACUCUGUAAGAUCCGAGGAGCAUCAACAAAACCGGGCAGCGAAGUUGGAGCUGCUACAAACGCGGCAGUUGGACCACUACAGAAGCUCAGUGGGCGACAUACUCGAACAACAACUGGAGCUCUAUAAUGGUGAGAUUGAGGAGUACAGCAGCACACGCACCAGUCACAUGGCCACCAGCGGCGUCACCGUUGGCAUUAUAUGCCAUUACUGGUACCAGAUGCUGGACAAACACCUGCCCGGUCGCAGCAUGCGUGUGAUAAUCAAAAAGAUCAUCCUGGAUCAGCUCAUCUGCUCGCCGGUAUAUAUUUCAGCGUUUUUUGUGACGCUGGGCAUACUGGAGAAAAAGGACGCAUCCGAGGUGUGGGAGGAGAUCAAAGAGAAGGCGUGGAAGCUCUAUGCAGCUGAGUGGACUGUCUGGCCGGUGGCGCAAUUCGUCAACUUCUAUUGGAUACCGACACACUAUCGUAUAUUCUAUGACAAUGUUAUCAGCCUAGGCUACGAUGUCUUCACUUCUAAAGUGAAGCACACACAGAGUCAUUUGCCGCUAGCUGCCGCUGCUGUUGCCUCCAGCUCCAAGAAAUUACAAACGCAUGUCACAUAGCAAAACAUUUAUAAUUAUAAAUAUU